GCCGGUGUCGCGCGACAAGCUCCAGGAAGUAUACGAUGACGUCACAGCGUCCGCAUCAACUUCUUCUCUAAAGGACUGCAAGAUUAAUAAUUAUAAAUUAUCAUAUUGGCAUAUGAGCAUGCACAAGGCUUCCAGGCACUUAUGUAGGCCUAUUUUGGCAUAGAGAGAGAGAAAGAGGGAAACUUCUAAUGCACAUCUAACAAAUUCACUGAGGAAAGUACAAGCAUCUGAAUGGGGGAUGUCCCAGCACAUCCAAGGGAAGAAAAGAAGAAAUGCACUGGAUCCAGCCACUAGCGAAAGAAACAGAGGAAGACAGAGAUACACACAUCACACACACACACAGAGAGAGAGAGAGAGAGAGAGAGAGAGAGAGAAGGUCCAAGGCUAGAAAAUGAGAGCAUGAAAAGGGGAAACCCUGUGGGAGAGACCAUGUCUAGAUGCUCAUUCAAUUUCACAGCCACAUUUCACACUACAGCACACACUAAGUCACGGAGAUGACCAGCUCAAAUAACCCCAGGUUCCGCCUCUUGGUUGGCUGGUGCUGCCUGAUGACUUCAGCUCUUUUGCUAGUGACUGUAUAUCUUGCAACAAGUUGGCAAAAAAAGGAUGACAUGAAAAAAAAUGAAGACUCCAAUUCAACAGAAACCAACACCAAAACUGCCCAACUGAUAGGAUCCCCAUUCGGUCCAUCUUUUAACGACUAUAUCUGUUUUAUCAGAGACCUGGAAAAAACCUGGAUAUUCAGUGAUAAACGUAGGAGCAGCUUCCUCUCCUUAAAUAACGGCACUGUCGAAAUUACAACCGGCGGACUUUAUUAUAUCCAUGCCCAGGUAACCUUCCAAAAAUCCAGUCAUCAAAUAAAGACGAACGCGAAUGUUUUCUUGCUCAAAAACAGUGGUCCUGCAACAAAAGCCAGAAAACUGAGUGAGGUCACGGGCUAUGAACCAGGAUCAUUGACAAUGAUCCGGAUGGUCAAGCUGACAAAGGGAGACAGCAUCAGCCUGAAGAUAGAACCUGGAUCCCUGGUCCUAUCAAGUAUUGAUUACCAUACUUACUGGGAAAUCUUGCUUUAUAACAAAGAAGAAGUCUAAAUCUUUUCGAUUCUUCUAAAGGGAUUUAGGGUUUAAAGGAACAGUUCACUAUUCCUUAAAGAAUUACAAGACCCACGAUUCAGUUUCUGAGUGUUUGUUAUCCCGGUGGUUCGCCUGAAGAAUUAAAUCCGUCUGUAUUUAUAUUUACAAAAGUAAAUAAUAAAAGAUGAUUGUAUGGUUAGUUCUCAAGCCCUUUAUGGGUUUCAAAGGGAAUAUUUUCUUCUUUAUAUGUGUUUCAACAUAAAGUAUUUUUUUAUUAUAUGACAUAUUUUAGAGUAAUUGUUUAAAUAUUUAGAGAUUUCUUGCUGAAUUGCAAAUGGUUUCUCAGGUUAUUUGUGUAUUUUAUUUUAAUUUUAUUUAAUUUCUUUUUUUAAAGUAAAGUGCUGUAAAUAGUCUUCAAAAUGUCCAGUAAGUUGUUAAUUUAAUACAUAAAUCACGAUGUACUGAAGUCAAUGUGAUCAUUUGAAAAGAACCUGUUUUUUUAAAUAAUUUAUUUGUGAACUAAUGUAGUUCUACCUGUAAGCUAUGUCAAAAUAAAAGUCUUUUUACUGCAA